GGGUGUCACCAAAACACCCACCAUGUUAUUGCUGCUGCUGACGUGGAUCUCACACAGCGUGCCUUGUUAUGUUUUUGAUGAUCCAGCAAGACUAUCAACAAGAUUUCACUGCAUAUCUCAGGAGCACAAAGGAACCUCAGCUCAUACAGACAGGGAUAAUUACUGGUGAUCACUGCAGAUGGCUGCCUCCUUUGUUCCAGUCCCAUUCCCCUUGGAUUGGACAGGGUCGUACAGGUCCUGGAUUAAGAAGAUAUCCCCCAUUAAUACAAAUUCUUCAUCCAACAACUGUGGUCCUUCAUCUCCAGAAAGUAUUCCCCAGGUGAGAGGACAUGGACCCUGGGGUGCUGCAAGUGGGGCUCUUACCCCAGAUGACUCCUGGAGGAGACUCAGAGGAGGUUUGUUACUUGGGUCAUCCACACAGCUGGAUGGCGAUAGGACCCUCGAAAGCUGGGUGGAGAGACCCAUCACCCCAACACUGCUGGGCUACGAGGUCCUGGAGGAGAGGGCAAAGUUCACAGUUUAUAAGAUCCUGGUGACAGGGAGUCAAGGAGACAGCUGGGUGAUCUUCAGAAGAUACACAGACUUCUGCAGGCUGAGCGACAAGCUAAAAGAGCUGUUCCCCAGCUGUUGUCCAGCCUUGCCUCCUAAGCGCUGGUUCAAAGACAACUACAAUGAGGAGUUCCUAGAGGAGAGGCAGAUCGGACUGCAGACGUUUCUGCAGAACAUGAUGUUACACAAAGACAUCAUCAACAGUGAAGUUGUCAGACACUUUCUGUGUUUGGUUGACCCGCCGAGUCCAUUUGACAGUCUGGAGGAGAGUAGGGCUUUUUGUGAGACACUGGAGGAGACUAACCAUCGUCUUCAAACCGAACUUCUGGAAAAACAGAGAGAAGCUGACACUUUGAGGAAGACUCUGGAGAAGAGGGAGAACCACAUCAGCCUGCUGGUGAAGAGAGUGAAAUCCCUGUCAUUUUCUUCUGAGAGCCUUGAGAGUCAAUGUGAGAAAAUGGCAGCAAUAGUCACAGACGCUGACACACAGAGGAAGACAGGCACAGAAAUGGAUAUAUGCAAAAACACACUGAGGUGGAUGAUGGCAGGGGAUACUCAAUAACUGAGUCCCAGAAACAGAAACAAGACAAAGUGGUUUCACUCAGGACUCAUGAUGGAGAACCUUCUGGAUCCAUAAAGAAGUAAGGGGACAUAAAGCACAAACCAUCACUCAUCAGCAACAUGUGUGAGAGAUUCAUCUCUGUCAGCUCGGGUGUUACUUUCGAGCAGCAGUUUUAAUUCAUCAUCCAGAACGUAACUUGUGGCUGCCAAAGUUUGCAAAGCCCCCACAUCCUAUAAGGUUUCACCAUUAAUGGUGAUAAAAGCAUCUGUCGUCCUGAUGAACACCAUUCUGGAGGUGAUGUUGUUAAACUGGGUUUGCGUGAUCAGAUUAAACCAGUGAGAGGCCCUAAGGCAAAAAUGAGCUGUGGGGCCCUGUUGGCCCACUAGUUCCUCCCAUUUUGCCUUAGACAUGCUUUUGCUUUUGAUUAUCCAUCAUGCAGGGUGCACACAGCAGACAACAAAUAGGAGAGUCAUUAUAUUUUUCCUUGCGCCUCAUGAAAACAAGCAUUGCAAUUCUGGAAUAAUAUCCUGCACCUGUUCUAUCCUGCUGUGUUGAAGUUACUUUGUAGUAAUUUAAUUAAACAUAACUUUGUUUAAGAAAAUGUUGCAUGUAAGCAUGGAAUAUGAUGAAAUAAUACAGACACUGAAAUUAGAUUUCGACACAGAGCAAUACAGUUAGGGUUAGGGUUAGACUGUUUCCACUUACUACACUCCAUUCCACCACUCAGAGAGGGCACUGUUUAUGAUGAUGAGCCAAAAAGUCUAAAUAUUUUUAUAUGUUUACAUAUUCCAGAAACUCAUGUCCACCCAGGACUUUACAGAUGCAACAGUUUCACUCCAAAGCUUAAAGUCCAUAUCUCAGUGAAUCAGGUUUACUGCUUGUUAAAGAGGUGUUUGUAUGGAGACUGGUGCAGGAGGAGAUAGAAAGAGACAUCUAUUUGGAUUCAGGCCAGCAGAGCCACACCAGGCAACCUUACUAAACACACUGAGGAUUUAUAGUGAGGAUAUACUGGGUCUACGUUAGUACUUUGUGCGUUUCCAAUAUUUCACCAUUACUCUUAUCUUCCCAUGGUUUAGUUUUCCAGCAAUAUUUUCUCUAAUUCUGUGUAUCUUUCUGGCUUCUGUCAUUAGAUUAUUUUUUUAGCAUUUGUCUUUGCACUGAAACAUUGUUCAUUACUGGGAGUACAGUGUUUUCUUCUCAAAUAAUAAAAACAAAAUUCAACAGCAAAAGCAAUUUUAGAAUUUAAGUUUGUCAGCACACAGAACAUUAACCAAUCCAAACUGUCUGCCAGCAUCUGCAAAAAACUGAAUUAUUUUCAAAGCAAAUGUCAAGUAGUGUAAAAUAGAUAUUUCUGACAUGUCUGGCUCCACACUUUUGUAAAAGAGGAGAGUAGGGAUAUUGUCUUUGGAUAAUUAAUCUCAUAAUGUUAGUCGGUUUCUCACAGAAUUCUCUGAUCUUCUCCCUGUUAUUCCUCAAAAAAUUGCUUGUGGGAUGCGUGUCAGGUGUGUAGUUGUUAAAUGUGUGCAAUUUCACAGUCAGAUAAAUUCUGGUUACAUAAGUGCACAUGGAAGGAUGAGGUACCAGCUAUACACAUCUAUUAGUCAGACUCAUAUCAGAAUAUAAAAGAUUAACUGGAUGCAUGUUCUUACACUUUGUACGAGACUGUGCAGGUUUUGGUAAUACAGACCAUCUGUAGAGAAAACAUUAGUUUUGUUUUUUCAAGCCUUUGGGGAAGUGAUUAGGCCCAGUUUCCAUAUUUUAUUUUAUCACCAAUAGUACCUCAUAUUAAAUAAGUAAAAGGUUUAUCAGGUUCGUUUGACCUCUUCUGAGAAUUGAAGCAUGUUAGAAAUAGAAAAGAAAGAAAAUAGUUAGAAUAGAGUCUCUGGAUUGACAAAUGCUACACAGAGCUGUAUUCUUCAUAAAAUCUUCUGAAAACUCUCAUAAUGAACAGGAUCCACUUUAAUAAUGUCCAUUAGAAUUCAGUAUGCAGGUAAUACUGAGGCUCUGUCUAUCUAGGACUGUGUUAUGUAUAGGCCAGGUCAACAGUCACUCUGUUGUUUUCUCCAUACACUGCAUAUGUCUCUCUUCUGUUUUUUUUCUAAUGCUGCUUUAUUAGCAAUCAGUUGGAAUACGUAGAGUUAGUAUAUACUGGAGUCACACUAACUCCAGCAGAGUAGGUAUGUCUCCAAAUGUCUACCGUAAGAAGAUCUUACAUCAAAUGGAAAAAAUGAUUUUUGCAUUAAAGUGAGUUAUUGUAUCUUCACCUUUUUCAAAGACCUAUGUGAAAUCACCAGCUGUGACAGACUCACCAGGGAAGAAGUCAAAUAUUGGAUCAUUAUUGUUCAGACUGUAAACAUAAAUCUUUUUUUUUUUUUUUCAUUUUUGAUAGAGGGAAUCUUAAACUAUCGUAGACCUUUAAUUCAGGUCUUCAAACACACAAAACAUCUCUAGUCAGAGGGUGUUUCCUUCCAAGUAUUUGCCCAUCACCUGUUUCACAUUUUUGAGUUCGUUUACAGUACAGCUUACAUAUGGUUUAACAUGAACCUGAAUCUGAUCUCCCUUUUCAUCAACAUUAGAAAAAUACGAGGAGCAAAUUUACAAGGAAAAUAUGGCACAGGCCCAAGAAAAGCCCCAGGGGUUCAUGUUCAUUCAUCCAUGCUGUGGCUGUAAUGGAUUCUAUAUGAAGAGCUGUUAACUCACUGCCUAUUACAAGCCACUAAAUGAACCAUGUAGCCAGGAUGCUGUAGGCUGUUGGUGAGUUUUGAUUACAAAGAAACUCACCGCUCACUCUAGCCUGAUGAAAACAGAUAUUUUAUCUCAUUUUGCAGCAACACAAAAUGGCUACUCAGUCUGAUAGACAUGUCACAGUAGGAAAGGCACAUGUGUUACACUGUGAAUAACACUGACAAUGAGGCAGCUAAAUGGAAUUUGGCCAUCAUUACUUUUAUUAUUUACACCUGUGUUUUGACAAGAAAUGGCCUCUGUGAAAAAGGGCCUGUCAGACUGAACUGUCAUAAUGUAAUGCUGGAAAAGAGAGAGAUGGGCAUCAGAUCAUUCAGAGGUCUGGAACCAGGUAAUACUGCAUCUGCUUUAAAUUCCCAAUACCUGCAUGGUCAACCCAAAACAGAUAUAUUCGUUUGUUUGGCCUGAUUAGUCCAAGUGUAAGGACUGUGUGGUCGUGCACAGACUGUGCUUGGGCCUCUGCCAGGGGGGCUUGGUCACCCACCCUGAGUGUGGUUCUGUUCGAGGUUUCUGCCCCUUAAAAUGAAGUUUGUUCUUGCUACUGUCGCCUAGUUCUACUCACGGUGGUUAUUGUUGGGUCUCUCUCUGUAAAUAUAGUAAUAUAAAGAGUACAGUUUAAACCUGCUCUACAUGAAAAGCGCCUUGAGAUAACUUCUGUUGUGAUUCGAUGCUAUAUAAAUAAAACUGAAUUGAACACAA